AUGAGAGAGAAGCCUGGCGCAGCACGGAGGGCAGGUCCGUCGCCCUACGAAGUUUUGGGCGUGGCCCCAAACGCGUCACGAGCGGAAAUACGAGCUGCUUUUUUCCGCGCCGCGCGCCUGUGCCACCCAGACAAACACCAGCAGCUGCAGAGGUGGAGUGAGCGUGGAGGAAGGGAUUUCGAAGACGAUGCAUCUACUCGCUGCGGCAGUGCUGGUCGAGGACCGGCAACUGUAGGAUGCUCUACGGACUCAAAUUGCGGUUCGCCGCCCGCCUUGGAUGCCCCGGCGGAUGCGUCCGCGCGGGGAAUAGACAAGAAGGACACUAAUAGGGCAGUUGCCUCGGGUGAAAGCGAACGCGCGCGUGGCGCUGAGACCGAUGAGAGGCGUGCGGAAGGAGCAUGCAGGCGGCCUUCAAAUGGGAACGCAGAAAGCACGGACAGCGGCAUGUGCCGAGACUUCAUUGCGUUGAAGGAGGCUUUUGAUGCUCUUCAGGUCGCCGAGACUCGCCAGGCGGUCGACCAAGCCUUGCUCAGACAAGGCGUGGCGCAUGUGACUUGCAUUCGGCUCUCCGAUCUGCAGUGGCUAGACGACGACCUCUGCUUUUUCGUUUGCCGAUGUGGCGAGGAGCUUCCUCUGGAUGCGCGGGAUUUGGCAGCUCGCAGGCGUGCGCGGCGGAAAUGCGCUGCGCCCGCGUGCCGCGGCUCCGCUGACUCGGCGGACUCCCAGCGCGCCGCCUCGAGUGGCGCCGCGGCCGCGGGAGGCGACGCGGGCCACGCUGAUUCAGGGGAAGGCCGAAAUUCCAGCUCGCGCGCAGAGCAAGCACACAGCGAGGCCGCGCGAGGCACAGAAACACUCGACUCAGAGGGGAAGUGGGCGGGAUGCGGAAAAGGCGAUCCACGGGAAUCGAACACUCGCAGACCAAGAGGAGAUGCGCCGGCCGGUGACGUGCUCGUAGAGGUUUCCUGUGAGAGCUGCUCUUUAACCAUGUGCCUUCUCGACGGUGGAGAGUUCCGCAGGGGUGACUUCACAUGA